AGGUAGCAAAUGUGAUAUUUGGAAAAUCCACUCUUGCCUCAAUGUCACAAUCCAGCACCGUCAUUACAAAUAAUUCCAUUUCUAUUUCUCAAACUUAAAUAUUAGUUGUUACACAUUUCUCAUUUCUGAACCAUCAUCCUGAGGAGACUUGGAAUAUGACGCAAUUGAGAAUCACAUUUGGACUUUACCAAUUUAGAGAUAGAAUAAUAACAAAAUGCCGCCUAGAGCUGCUGUCAUUCUUUUAUCACAAGAAAGCGCGCAUGGCAACUGCGAGUCAGCAGUCUAAUAACAGCCUAUAAAUCUCACAAAAAAGGCUUUGAUCUCCUGCCACCCAACAUAACAUCAAUCCUUCUCCCAAGAACAAUGUCAACCACUCGCAAACUACUUUCCAAAAUCUCCAAUCUACUCAUACUCGUCAGCUUCUUUCAUCUCUCUGCACUCAGCAGUUACCUGCAGAGAGCAAAUGUAAACGCCUCGACCAACAACGAGACCGAAAGGCUCGCGUUGCUCGAGUUCAGGAAGGCCAUAACCAGCGACCCAAAUGGAGUCUUCCGCUCCUGGAACGACUCCGUCCAUUUCUGCUACUGGGUUGGCGUUUCCUGCAGCAACCGAGCUGGAUUACAAAGAGUCACAUCUUUGGACCUCCACAAACAAAACCUGGUGGGCACUCUGUCUCCACACAUAGGGAACCUCAGCUUCCUGCAGGGCAUUCACCUGGUAAACAACACUUUCACUGGGGAGAUUCCUCACGAAAUUGGGAACCUACUUCAGCUUCAGGCUCUGAAUCUCACCUGGAAUUCUUUAGUUGGCAAAAUUCAACACAACCUGACCCGGUGCUCACAGCUCAGGAUGUUGUAUUUGGAGGCUAAUAAUCUACAGGGGAGGAUCCCUCUGGAGAUUGGGUCUUUGUCAGAGCUCCGAGUCAUGAGGGUUGGAACAAACAACCUGACAGGAGAGAUUCCCGAUUCGGUGGGGAAUCUGACAAAGCUGAUUGACUUCGGAUCUGCUUAUCUCAACUUGGUCGGGCGCAUCCCGGAAAGCUUGGGCGCCCUGGAGAGCCUGAACUCGAUUUCUCUUGGGAUGAACCAAAUGAUCGGGACCAUUCCUCGAUCUUUCUUCAACAUCACCACUCUCAGCAUCAUUGCCCUCCCUUGGAACCAGUUUGAGGGUCGUCUACCCGAUGAUAUAGGCUUCACUUUACCGAACCUCCAGUUUCUUGCUAUUUCAAAGAACAAAUUGGAUGGCGCCAUCCCUAAAUCCUUGUGUAAUGCCACACAGCUAAUGGGUCUCGACAUGAACGAGAAUGGCUUCGUGGGUCAAAUUCCCAAUUGCGUUGGGAAUCUGCCCUAUCUAUACUGGCUGUCAGUUGGGAUAAAUCAUCUCGGCAGUUAUUCGCCUGGCGACUUUGAGUUCUUGGAAGGGUUGCAAAAUUGCAGUCAGCUUCAACAUUUUUCAAUCCCUCAUAACCACUUUGGAGGCACUCUACCUAGCACCAUAGCUAACCUCUCAGCUCAGCUUGCCUUACUUGACGUUUCGGAAAAUAAACUAGUAGGAUUGGUUCCUGCUGGACUUGAGAAGCUGGUUAACUUGAAUGCCAUAGUUCUGUCAUAUAACCUCUUUGGAGGUUCCAUUCCUUCUUUCUUUAGCAGGUUUCCCAAUUUGCAAAGCUUGCACUUAGAAGCAAAUCAGUUAUCAGGUCAAAUUCUUCCCUCCAUUGGCAACCUCACUCAGUUGACUGAACUUAACAUCUCGAAUAACAGAUUCGAAGGUGUUAUUCCUUUGGGUCUUGGUUCAUUACUCCAGUUGAUUUCCUUGGAUAUUUCUGGAAAUACUCUCACUGGAUCUAUACCUGGCAAGAUUUUCACUCUUCCGUCCUUGACAAAAUUACUGAACCUGUCACACAACUUAUUCACAGGGAACCUGAGUCCAGAAGUAGGCAAGUUGGAGAAUCUCAACGCAUUGGAUAUUUCUCAUAAUUUCCUGACAGGGAAUAUUCCAAGCACCAUUGGUGAUUGCCAGAGCUUAGAGCUUCUCUAUUUGCAGAGGAACUCGCUAGACGGUGGCAUCCCUCCAUCUUUAGCUUCCUUGAAAAGCCUUCGAGUGGUCGAUCUUUCACUCAACAACUUGCAAGGAGAAAUCCCAUCGGCACUGCAAAACAGUAACAUUUCAAAGUAUCUGAAUCUAUCUUUCAAUCAUCUUGAAGGACCGGUGCCAACGAAAGGAAUCUUUUCAAAUUCAAGUAGCAUAUCAUUAAUGGGGAAUAACAUGCUUUGUGGUGGUGUGUUGGAUCUCCAUCUCCCCAAGUGCCCAGCUAAACCUUCCACAAACGCCAUCAAUCGUCGUACUGUUUUGUUGGUAGUAAUUCUUGUUUUUGUGGGUCUAUCUCUCCUCUCUUUGUUAACCUUUCGAAUGAUCUCCAUGUCAGCUAAAUCAAAGAAGAAGCCAUCUGUGGAAGAUCCAAGACUACCCAAUUUUAUAAGGGUCUCUUACAGAGACCUUCACAGAGCAACUGGUGGAUUCUCCUCAGAGUCCUUAAUUGGGUCGGGCAGCUUUGGCAUGGUCUACAGAGGGAAUCUGGAUGAAACCGUCCCCCCUGUAGCUGUGAAAGUGCUGAAGCUGGAAAAAAGGGAUGCUUACAAGAGCUUGGCAACAGAAUUAAAUGCAUUGAGAAGCAUUAGACACCGGAAUCUUGUCGGGGUAUUGUCAUACUGCUCCAGUUUGGACCACAAUGGUGACGAAUUCAGAGCUCUCGUCUUCGAAUACAUGAAGAACGGAAAUUUGGAUAAGUGGCUGCACCCCAUGGACGGCUACCCCAAACUGAGCCUUGCCCAAAGGCUUAGCAUUGCGGUAGAUGUGGCAUCUGCACUGCAUUAUCUUCACGACCUCUGUGAAACUCCAAUCGCUCACUGUGAUUUGAAGCCGAGUAAUGUGCUUCUUGACGAAGACAUGGUAGCCCAUUUGAGUGAUUUCGGCAUUUCCAGAAUUCUUUCAACCGAGGAUACAACGUUAUCUGGAACAAGCACCAUUGGUAUCAAAGGAACAAUUGGUUAUACUCCUCCAGAGUAUGGAAUGGGCAGUGCAGCUUCGAAAGAAGGCGAUGUGUACAGCUUUGGAAUUCUACUUCUGGAGUUGUUUUCUGGGAAAAGACCCACGGACCACUUGUUCGGGGACAGUCGGAAUCUUCGAGACUUCAUGAUAGCAGGGCUGCCCGAUACGAUAUCCAGAGUAGUAGAUCCAGUGCUCUUCCUCGGUGGAGACAUGACUGAGGCAGCGGAGCCAGACGGAGGCAACGAGAUCAUAGAAGUAGUCGAACUGCAACGCAGAGAGAGUAACUUUAGAGAGGCGAGCUUAAUGAGGUCGAUUCAAUACCACGAUUGCAUGGUUUCAGUUGUCGAGAUCGGGAUAGCUUGUUCUCUGGAAUCAGCGCCAGAGCGGAUGAAGAUGGCGGAUGUUUCUCAGAGGCUAGAGUGCAUUAGGGAUGCUUUUGUCACGAAUAACACUCGGCGUCGACCGAGAGAGCGGCAGGAGAGGUAGUAAGUUUGGGCAUUCGGGCCUUCACUGAUCUAAUAUGUGAGCAAACAAGCACUGUCUGUGAAAGAAAAACAAAUAUGUAUUGUAAUAAUAAACUAGUACGACUCACUUACUGAAGUUGGAGAAUCUAAGCAGCUGAGAGGGAUAAUUCCAAGUAGCAUUGGGAAUUGCAAGAGCUUGCAGUAUCUCUAUUUGCAGAGUAAACUUGUUCAAGAGUGUCAUCCUUCCAACUGUAGCUUCCUUGAAAAGCGUUUGAGAAGUUGAUCUUUCACUCACCAACUUGCAACGAGAAAUCCCGGACGAUCUUGAAAACAUUAACCAACUUGAUGGCCAGGUGCCGACUGUAGUAUGCUUUGCAGUGGUAUAUUGAGUCUCCAUCUUCCUAAGUGCACAACUGAACCUCUCAAGAAUGCCAUCAAUCAUUAUACAGUUUCGUUGCUGACAGACAUCACAUAAAGAGAUCGGCGGAGUCAAAUACUAUCAGAGGUUAGAAGACAUCACUUAAAAAGAUUGAUAGAGCUCUCUGAUUCAAGUGUAGUAUAGAUUUUCAACCAAUGAAGUACCCUAAUCUCCUUAAGAUAAAAGAAAAGUGCACUUAUUAUUAUUAUGAGUCUCCGGAGAGGAUAUUCUGAAAAUAGGAAAAAGCAGUUACAUGUAACAACACGAACAUAAGACUACAAAAGACACAGAGAGAGUGAAAGCAGUAAACCAAGUAAGUUACUUGUAUGAACCUCUAGGAGCUCGUACUUCCACCUCGGAUUUUAUGUGGAAAAUGCAAUUUAUUUUGCAUCAAUCAUUCUCACUUGCAAUCAUCCCCCUAUUAUUGCUGUAAGAAUGAAAGGCACGCUUAGGAGCGAUUAAGUUUCGAGAGUGGCAACAGCGAUAUGGAACUUCUACCAUCGGAGAUAGGUUGAGUUGCAAGCACAGAACGUUGACGUCUGCUUCAAGUAUAUCUUAACUAAUCAUCUGAAGAGAUAAUGACACCAAAAGUCAUUGAGUAAUUUUCGAGAUUUCAAGACCAACUUUCUCACUCAGGAAUCAAGACAGUCAGACCAAUUCGACAAAGAAGACCAAAGCAGAUAGCUUCAUACCAUAAUCAAUCAAUCAAUCAAUCAAUCAGGAUACGGAAUUCAACACUCCACAUUCGAUUAUGCAGGAAUUGUACAAAUUCUGAAACUACAUGAUCUCUUCAUAUGCAUAUGCAAAUGAGAUUCAGGGGAUUACCUCAUCAAACACGGGGAAAGCCAGGGGAAUUCUUCGUUUAGGUUAUUGAGCAAGAUGAUGACACGCCUGGCGCUUUUAGAAAGAGGGCUAGGGUUCCGGCUCUAGGACGUCUACUACACAACCAGUCAACCACGCUCCUUCAUUUGUAAGCUCUUCUGAAAGCAAAAGCGAAGUGGUUAAGCCCUUCUGAAACCGAAUUCCUAUUCCUCCUCAGAACCCUCGGAAGUGAAGGCACGAAAUGGAUGGUGGGCAGUAAAGAGCUUCGAAUUCCCCCCUUCCCUGAUGGUGAAAAAAUCAAAUUGACGGCGAUAGGGUUUCGAUUUCCCCAUUAUAUUAUGAUUUAUGAGCCCCCGAAAGCUUCCGGCUGCUACAAUACGGUAAGAUGCAUCGAGGAGGAGGAAUGCGCGGCGACAGAAUAUGCUUGGAAGUCUCCUGGGCUUCCAUCGUUGAUUUCCACUUAUCUGAACUCACGGCGGCUAGCCAUCAGUCUCGAAGAAGAAGAAAGGGCGGCGCUCGAAUUUUAAAGGGGCAGAACUUUACAGUGUACCCGCCCGCGCCCAACCAAACCCGUGAAACCACUCCAUGGAAAAAACUUGCGCAAUAACUCCGUUGAACGGAGGGCGACGGGCGGUAGCUAUGGAGUGGUAGGUUUGUUCCGGUGCAAAUAUUUGUACCGUAAGUCACAUCCUUUUGACAACCAGCCAAAAUUAUGCAGACU